GGGAGCCGCGCUGUGUGAGCGUGUCGGGGUUGCUCUACGGCCUGCGUGAGACUCGUCCGCCUCUUCCCCUCUUCGCUGCGGUCUGUCGGUUUGUUUUUUUCCUCCUCCAGGAAGAAAAUGGCAUCUGUUGCAGUUGAUCCUCAACCGAGUGUGGUGACUAGGGUGGCCAACCUGCCCUUGGUGAGCUCCACGUAUGACCUGGUGUCCUCGGCUUAUGUCAGUACAAAGGAUCAGUAUCCCUACUUGAAGUCUGUGUGUGAGAUGGCAGAGAAGGGUGUGAAGACCAUGACCUCUGUAGCGGUGACAAGUGCUCUUCCUAUCAUCCAGAAGCUAGAGCCACAAAUUGCAGUUGCUAAUACCUAUGCCUGCAAGGGGCUGGACAGGAUUGAGGAGAAAUUGCCUAUUCUGAAUCAGCCAACAUCACAGGUUGUUGCCAGUGCCAAAGGGGCUGUGACUGGGGCGAGAGAUGCUGUGACGACUACUAUGACUGGGGCCAAGGAUUCUGUAGCCAGCACGAUCACAGGGGUGAUGGACAAGACCAAAGGAGCAGUGACUGGCGGGGUGGAGAAGACCAAGUCUGUGGUCAAUGGCGGCAUUAACACAAUUUUGGAAAGUCGGAUGGUGCAGUUUGUGAGCAGUGGAGUAGAAAAUGCAAUCAGCAAAUCCGAGAUGCUGGUAGAUCAGUACCUUCCUCUCACUGAAGAAGAAAUAGAAAAAGAAGCAAAAAAAGUUGAAGGAUUUGAUGAAGUUCAGAAACCAAGUUAUUAUGUGAGACUGGGGUCUCUGUCUACCAAGCUCCGCGCUCGGGCCUACCAGCAGGCACUCAACAGGGUUAAAGAAGCUAAGCAAAUGAGCCAAGAGACUAUUUCUCAGCUUCAUUCUACUGUUCACCUGAUUGAAUUUGCCAGAAAGAAUGUGCAUAGUGUCAACCAGAAAAUUCAGGGUGCUCAGGAUAAACUCUAUCUCUCAUGGGUGGACUGGAAGAGGAGCAUCGGCCAUGAUGAUACAGAUGAAUCCCACUGUGCUGAGCACAUCGAGUCACAUACUCUUGCUGUUGCCCGAAACCUGACUCAGCAGCUCCAGACCACAUGCCACACCCUCCUGUCCAGCAUUCAAGGGUUACCACAGAACAUCCAAGAUCAGGCCAAGCACUUGGGGGUGAUGGCAGGCGACAUCUACUCAGUAUUCCGCAAUGCUGCCUCCUUUAAAGAAGUGUCUGAUGGCUUCCUCACUUCUAGCAAGGGGCAGCUACAGAAAAUGAAGGAAUCUUUAGAUGAUGUGAUGGAUUAUCUUGUUAACAACACCCCCCUCAACUGGCUGGUGAUUGAUUUCACUAUCAUAGACUUGACAUCAGAGACUGAUGAAAUUCCAGAUAUUAUAGCUUUGGAAGAGGAGGAUGGAGCAAAUCAUUCACACGCUAAUGGUCCUGAACUCUCAGGGAAUAAUUAACCAAAAAAUAAAAAUUCCUUUUGGCUGGAUAUGCAAUUUGUAUCACAGUAAAAUACAUCUUUGCUCGUGUGUUUAUUCCUGUGGUUUUUGAAGGAUGUUAAUGUAGUUUUUGGUUGCUUGAUCUUAAUUGCAAGAAAACUUUGACCUAAACUUUUGAGAUCUUGUUAUGUGUCAUAUAUCAUUUUAUAUAACUCUUCAAAGUUUAAUUUCUGAAAUGCCUAUAAUAAAAAUUGAGCUGUGUAAGCUUG